AUAUGAAACUAAUCAUGAAGAAAAAUAUUAUCAAUACUCAGCGCUCCUUUGUAAACAAGACCAAUGUGAUUGUACCAGAUAUUGAAAAAGAAAUAAGAAGGAUGGAAAAUGGGGCAUGCAGCUCCUUUUCAGAUGGUGACAGUGCCUCUGCAUCCGAAGAAUCGGAGGACGAAAACCCCCACUCAAGGGGCUCCUUUCGAAAUAACUCACACAGAAGGGGAGAACCACCGCAGAGGGAGCAGCAGUACCUGCCUGGUGCCAUUGCACUUUUCAACAUUAACAACAGCAGCAAUAAGGACCAAGAACCAAAAGAAAAAAAGAAAAAGAAAAAAGAAAAGAAGAGCAAGUCAGAUGAUGAAAAUAAAAAGGACCCAGAGAAGAAAAAGAAGAAGGAAAAGAAAAAAGAGAAGGAAAAAAAAGAAGAGAAAAAGAAAGAAGAGAAAAGCAAAGAUAAGAAAGAAGAGGAGAAGAAAGAAGUCAUGGUCAUCGAUCCCUCGGGAAACACGUAUUACAACUGGCUGUUUUGCAUCACCUUACCUGUUAUGUACAACUGGACUAUGGUUAUUGCAAGAGCAUGUUUUGAUGAACUUCAAUCUGAUUACCUAGAAUAUUGGCUUGCUUUUGAUUACUUAUCAGAUGUAGUCUAUCUUCUUGAUAUGUUUGUACGAACAAGGACAGGUUAUCUAGAACAAGGACUGCUGGUGAAGGAAGAACUUAAGCUCAUACAGAAGUAUAGAUCAACCUUGCAAUUUAAACUUGAUGUUCUAUCAGUGGUACCAUCUGAUUUGCUAUAUUUUAAGUUGGGGUGGAACUAUCCAGAAAUUAGAUUAAACAGGCUGUUAAGGAUCUCUCGUAUGUUUGAGUUCUUCCAGAGAACAGAGACAAGGACAAACUACCCAAACAUCUUCAGGAUUUCUAACCUUGUUAUGUAUAUUGUCAUCAUUAUCCACUGGAAUGCAUGUGUGUAUUACUCUAUUUCGAAAGCGAUUGGGUUUGGAAAUGAUACAUGGGUCUACCCUGACGUUAAUGAUCCCGAAUUUGGCCGUUUGGCUAGAAAAUAUGUAUACAGCCUUUACUGGUCUACACUGACGUUGACUACCAUCGGUGAAACACCACCUCCUGUGAGAGACUCUGAAUAUGUCUUUGUGGUGGUUGAUUUCUUAAUCGGAGUGUUAAUUUUUGCUACCAUCGUUGGUAACAUAGGUUCUAUGAUUUCCAACAUGAAUGCAGCCAGAGCCGAAUUUCAAGCAAGAAUUGAUGCUAUCAAACAAUACAUGCAUUUUCGAAAUGUAAGCAAAGAUAUGGAAAAGAGGGUUAUUAAAUGGUUUGACUACCUGUGGACCAACAAAAAGACGGUUGAUGAGAGAGAAGUCUUGAAGUAUUUGCCUGAUAAACUGAGAGCGGAAAUUGCCAUCAACGUUCACUUAGACACGUUAAAAAAGGUGCGCAUUUUUGCCGACUGUGAAGCUGGCCUGUUGGUGGAGUUAGUCUUGAAAUUACAGCCCCAAGUCUACAGUCCUGGAGAUUACAUUUGCAAGAAAGGGGACAUUGGACGAGAGAUGUACAUCAUCAAGGAGGGCAAACUCGCUGUGGUGGCAGACGACGGAAUCACGCAGUUCGUGGUGUUGAGUGACGGCAGCUACUUCGGCGAGAUCAGCAUUCUUAACAUUAAAGGCAGCAAAGCUGGCAAUCGAAGAACGGCCAACAUUAAAAGUAUUGGCUACUCAGACCUGUUCUGUCUCUCUAAAGACGACCUCAUGGAAGCUCUCACUGAGUACCCCGACGCCAAAGCUAUGCUGGAAGAGAAAGGGAAGCAAAUCUUAAUGAAAGACGGUCUGCUGGAUAUAAGCAUCGCGAACGCUGGUAGUGACCCCAAGGAUCUCGAAGAGAAGGUCACUCGCAUGGAGGGGUCAGUAGACCUCCUGCAGACCAGGUUUGCCCGGAUCCUGGCUGGGUAUGAGUCGAUGCAGCAGAAGUUGAAACAAAGAUUAACCAAGGUUGAGACAUUUCUGAAACCGCUGAUCGACACAGAGUUUUCAGCUAUUGAAGGGCUUGAAGAAGAAAGUGGGCUCAUAGACUCCACUACACAGGACUGAAAAGCUGGUCACUAACAAGGACAUGCCUCACGAUCCUUUCGAUUACGUGACUAAACUGUAAUUUGGAAGAAGAGGAAGACUC